AUGGCCCCGAGCCUCGUUACUUCAAGCCAAGGGCAUCUACCAUUGCUGCAGCCCAGUCCAGUACGAGUUCUUGUAGAUGCUAUUCAUCAGUAUCAAAAUUCACACUCGGUCGAAAAUCCCUCACCAUCAUUCGAAAACGAAAGCCGGCAUCCAUCCCCGGUGCCCCAUAAUGAGAUAGAUGUCACUGAAGAUCCCUUCCGUUCCUCGUCAACUCAAACACCAAAUAGCUUCUUCGAGUCACUUACCCGCAUGUCCCCGAAUGAUGCUGUCGCUGGCCCAUCCACCCCUUCCCCGCUCAAUGACUUCUCUCGCACACUCGCAGCACAGGAAGAGUCGAAGAACAACUCAAAAAAACGCGGGAAGUUGAUGGGCAAUGGCUUACCUUGUUACCUAAGCGGAGAUGCUUUCUACACGCGAGUUGUCGACCAUGAGAAAGCAGCAGCAGAUGAAGAAGCGGCCAAGCAAGCUCGAAAAGAGGGGAGAGAACAGCGCGCUGCAGCUUUGGAGGAGUGGAAGAAGGCGGAAGAAGCAAGAAAGCAGCGCAACAGGGAAUUAACGGGGAAAUAUCAAAUGGAAUUGGAGCGGUGGAAGGAGGAAAAAGAACGCGCGAAGAUGGAGAAGUGUCGGCUUGCAUGGAAAAAGCCGACACGAGGUAAGUUGGAAGCGCCGUUACCUAAACCGGUAGUUGCGGAGGGCACCGCAGGUGACGAGCUUGAUGUCGACGAGGAUGAGCGCGAGAAUGCCAGUGACGAGGAUGAAGAGGAGUAG